AUGGCAUUUAAGGACUACCUUCCCAAUUGUUUGCGAGUUCAUCAGGUGCGACCAGACCAUCCGCUGGAGUGGCAGGAUGAUUCUGGUAAUAAAAAAGUCACCUUGGAUAGCUUGAUAGAUGAGAACUGUCAAGAGUUCUCAGACAACGCUUCAGCGUACCUGAAUCCAAUGCUGCUGAAUGGGCACAUGCAAACAGCUUAUGCCGCAUUCAAGCCGUUUGAGACGGUGGAUCGUGUUUUCUACAAGAGGUUAAUAUUGACGUAUCGAGAUCAGGGCGAGGGAAGCGUUGACAUUGCAGUCAAAAGUUUGGAGAAAAGCGAUUAUAUUCCCAGAAACCAGUCGAAAUUCAAGUUGCCGUCAAAUUACUCUUUUUUCGAGGCGAAUGAUCCCCGAUUGUACUCUAACGAUGACAAGCCGAUGGUGAUCAUUCUGCAUGGACUGACGGGAGGGUCUGCGGAGAGCUAUGCCAGAACGCUGGUGAACAGGAUAACCGCAGGGUACAAUUUUGAGGCGUGCGUUUUCAACGCAAGAGGAUGCUGUAAUUCGUGUUUAACAACACCGCAGAUGUACAACGGCGGUUGGACUAAUGACAUAAGACAGUGUGUGAACGAUUUGAAAUCAAGAUUCCCGAACCGAAAGUUUUAUAUGGUCGGGUUCUCACUGGGAGCGUCCAUCAUGUCCAACUACAUCGGAGAGCAAGGCGACAAAUCUGAGAUAGAAUGCGCGGUUGCGUUAGGGAACCCGUGGGACCUCUGUCAUUCGUCUUACUACAUCAACAAUACAAGAAUGGGAUCACAUUUCUAUUCUCCAGCCUUGGCGAAAAAUUUAGUCGAUUUGGCACAAAAACACAUCGAUGUCUUGAAAGAGAGUCCAACGCUAGGUCAAGCGUACAAAGAGCACAUUAUCCGAGCUCCCAAAACCGUCGAAGAAUUCGACAAUUUGUUUACAGCACCAAUGUUUGGCUACAAUACUGCAACCGAAUAUUAUAGAAAUGCAUCCUCUUGUAAUAGACUACUUUCCAUCAGAACUCCAUUCUUGGCAAUCAAUGCAAUUGAUGAUCCAAUUGUAGGGUUUGAAUCACUACCUGAGUACGAAGUCAAAGCUAAUCCGUAUGUUCUAAUGCUCAAGACUACAAAAGGUGGGCAUGUUGCGUGGUUUAGCGAUAAACACGGGAAAAGAUGGUACACGGAUCCACUGUGUAGGUUUUUGAGCGCAUUCCAUAAAGAGGUUGUAUUAAGGAGCUUGAAGCCAAAAAUUAAUGAGAAGCUGCUGCCCACCAAUAUUGUUGGACCAGUGAUGACUACGUAUGGUGAUUAUUAUGUUUAA